GCCACACUUGUUUCCAUGCGCUUCACUAAAUCUUCCUGAAUUAGUACCGAAUCCUUGACGCAACACGUCGAUCGCAACUUCGAUGAACUCGAACAUCAUUGAUGAAAUCAUCGUGUCCGGUUGAAGCUUCUCGGCCUAGCUUAGGUUAUCUUAUUUUAGCUUAGCUGAGCUUGCUAGCCACGAACAAUUGAGAGAGGCGUUUGUGUUGGAGCACAUCGCCAUGCAAAGAGAUCAAGUGGGAACAUAAAUUGCUGCGAUCGUCGCGUGAAAAUGUGUGCAAGAAGGACAGCGGAGCACGAGGAGGAACUUUGGGGGCCAAAAGUCGAGAACGAGCCACAAGUUCAACUUCUGCACGCUGUUUGCGAGAAGCCUCGAGUUGAGUUACGCACAGCAGACAUCAUUGAAGAGCUUUGUCCUGAGCAGCUGAAGCCAGAGUCUCCUCACAUCAAAGAGGAAGACAAAGAGGUUCAUCACAUUAAAGAGGAGGAGGAGUUAGAGCAACUUCACAUCAAAGAGGAGGAGCAGUGCAUUAAAGAGGAAGAGCAGGAGGAAAUCAUCAAGGUUCCAUCGAAUGGUGUCCCUUUAAAACGUGAAGAUAAGGAUGGUCAAAAUGGGGAUAUCAGAGGGGCGGAGCCUCCAAGUGGGAGCUCAAGUCAAUGCAUAACAGGUGAAGGAGGAGGGCUCUUAGCUCCACUAUCAAAUAGUGACAUGACGUCUCACACUGAUGGUGAUGAGGAACAGUCUGAAGGUCAGACUGACAACAAAUGCUGGAAAUGUUCUCAUUGUGGGAAAAUCUUUACUUAUAAGUCAACUUUGAAACAACACGUGAGAAAACACACUGGAGAGAAACCAUUUGCCUGCUCAGUUUGUGGUCAAAGAUUCUCUUGGAAGAGCGCCUUAAAAACUCACACAAGAACACACACAGGUGAGAAAACUUUUGUCUGCUCAGUUUGUGGUCAAAGAUUUGCUCGGAUGGGAGACUUAAAUAUACACAUAAGAACACACACUGGAGAGAAACCUUUUGCCUGCUUAGUUUGUGGUCGAACAUUUGCUCAUCGCAGUCAUUUGUCAACACACACAAGAACCCACACUGGAGAGAAACCUUUUGCCUGCUCAGUUUGUAGUCAACGAUUCUCACGGAAGGGAACCUUAAAUUAUCACACAAGAACACACACAGGUGAGAAACCCUUUUCCUGCUCAGUUUGUGGUCAAAAAUUUGCCCAUAGACCAACUUUGAUAACACACAAGAGAAAACACACGGGGGAGAAACCAUUUGUCUGCUCAGUUUGUGAUCAAAGAUUCUUUGAGAACAGAACCUUAAAAAAUCACACAAGAACACACACUGGGGAGAAACCUUUUUCCUGCUCAGUUUGUGAUCUAAGAUUCUCUCACAAAGGAAACUUAAAAAGUCACACAAGAAAACACACUGGUGAGAAACCUUUUUCGUGCUCACUAUGUGGUCAAAGAUUCUCUCACAUGGGAAACUUAAAAAGUCACACAGGAAAACACACUUGUUAGAAACCUUUUUCCUGCUCACGUUCUCAUGGGAUGAUAAGGUUAAGAGAGUUAAGUGUGUUGGUGAGAAAAAGUAAUGAUCAAUGAAAGCUUCACCUUUGAUCUGAGCAGGCUUCAUGAGUUCUUGCACCAAGGCUAGAUAGGACAGUUCUAGCUCGAGCAUGUGCAGUGUCUGCUAAGACAACCAAAAUAGUCCAGUUGCGAUUAAUUCAAUGUCCUGAGAAUGAAAUGACCUGACCAGGUCUUGACAACAUAUUUCAGCAAUAGCGGGAAACAUCGUUACUCCCACUAGCCACUUUAGUGGGUUUAGUGUUAUACACAGUAUAUAUGUUUAAUUGUAGUUUCUAUCAAAUGGACCAUUUAACGAGUGGCCCAUUUGAAAUUUUAGCAGGCCCGCCAGACUUUCAUAUUUUAAUUUGAUGUAAUUCGUGUGCUCACGGUCAUCAUAUUUUGUCAAUUUAGUCCACCAUAGAGUGAUUCUCUAACAUUAACUUGGUAUAAAAGUGUCAGUUUUAUUUAAAAAAAAAAAACACAAAAAAACUUUUGUAUAGAAAAGGCCCCACUGACCGCUACUUCUGUUUGACCCAGUUUUGAAUCUGCUUUGUCCAUAUUUGGCUAGGUCCACCCCCUUUACGCUGAUUGUCUAAGACUGCCCCCUUUCCUCUGAUUGGUUGCCUUUGUUUAGGAGACCCACUUGUGAGAGCACACGUGUUUAUGUUGACAGUGCUGGCUCGGGAGCGAAAAGGGAAGGCAGAGAUCUUCGCUAGUGACGUAGACAAGCUUGAGAAAUUCGAAUGACGUGAUUUCAAGAACGCGUGGAUGAUUUUAAUUCAAAUUUCACGUUCGCUGACGCACCAUAGACACAAUAUUACAUCUUAAAUACUGGAAAAAGUUGGUUUGGCAAACUACGUGACUUUUUAAAAAAAAUGGCGAUACGAAAACGCAUAUGUUUGUCCAAGUGGACUUGCCGUAAAUAGCUGCUCACGCAUGUGCACAAAGGAUCUAUACUGGCAGGCACUAAAAUCCAAACAUCAGGAAACACACCGAACAAGGACAGACGACAUCGCCACACACUUUUAAACAUGAUGGGCUUCAAAAUGUCUCUCUCAAAGCCAAAAGAUAUGCAAAGUGGAUGUUGAAAAUUCACAAUUCCAGACAGAAUGGACUGAGAAGUCUUUCUGUCUGGCGGCUGCAACUAGUAUUAAAGCGGUGUGCUUACGGUGCAAUGAGAGCAUUGCUGUGAUGCACGAUACAGUAGUCCAUAGCGGCACCACAAAACAAUGCACUCCACCUUCUCUCAAACUUUUUUUGUAUUUUCAUACAAAAUGACCACAACCUUACACACAACAUUAUCAGAGCUGAAUAUUUAAUAAUGACCUGUCGCGUUAAACAUUUAUGUAGUCUUGUUUUGAGUGUGCACAGCGGUCGUUAACAUCUGAAAGGGUUGUAAAUCUAGUUCUUAAUCUAUCUUCAGUCAUCCAUCCAUCCAUUUUCCAAACCGGUUAUCCUCUCCAGAGUCACCGGCACGCUGGAGCCUAUCCCAGCUAUCUUUGGGCGAGGGGCGGGCUACACCCUGAUCUUGUCGCUAACCAAUUGCAGGGCGCAUAUAAACAAACAACCAUUCGCACUCACAUUCACAACUACGGGCUUUUUAGAGUCAUUAACCUACCAUGCAUGUUUUUGGGACGUGGGAAGAAACCGGAAUACCUGUAGAAAACCCACGCAGGUACGGGGAGAACAUGUUAACUCCACACAAGCGAGGCCGGAUUUGAACCCGGGUCCUCAGAACUCUGAGGCAGAUGUGCUUACCAGUCGGUGCUUUAAUCAUCCAUCCAUCCAUUUUCUGUACUGCUUAUUCAACAUAAUUAUCCUGCACAAAAUUGUUUUCUUGUGAAAAUGCUGAGUAGCCAGUAACUCUGGGGAAACCACUAGCCCCAGUAGCUGGUGAGCAAAAAAAGUUCAUGUCAAGCCCCUGGACCUGAUGAAAGAGAAUAUUCACAUACGCAUGAUGUUUAAUCUUGAAACUAAUGACUGUGGUUCUGAUUCUAAAUCUACAUUCUACUUACCUUCUUAAAGGCUUCCUAUGAACAAGUGUUGAAAGUUAACACUCUCAUGCUUAAUCACUUGUAGUAAUCUGUUUUGUCCAAUGUUUUUGUGAUGAGUUUAUCAAACAAGUAAAUGAUAGAUUGUAAGAAACUUUGACUCUUUGAAGUUAGAUGGAAAACUGCAUAGGUGAUCCUGAAUAAAAUGGAUGUAAAUUUUGUAAUGUAUUAUGUGACUAUAUCACACUGUACAGUUUCUCAUCUAUGUGGUUGUAUUUGCUUUAAUUUUGCUUUGUUUUACUGUUGUGUCUGCUCCCAGGCCAGCCUUGCAAAUGGGAAUCUGUUCUUAAUUGCCUUGCCUGGAUAAAUAAAGGUUAAAUUCAAACAAAAACAAAAAAAUGAAAUACUUGGAUACCUUUCAAGCGGUGAUAGUGAUUUAAGGAGCUUCAAAGAUUAUGACGAAGCAGAUUACCAUAUUAGGAGUCAGGAAUGAUCUGACCGCAUGUAGGUGUUAGGAGAAGGCAUGGUGUCCAGUUUUCCGAACCACCAAUAUUGAAUGGGACUCUCCCACAUGCCGCAGUUGUUGGUAGAUGCUGUAUAUUGCUUGUUUUCCAAUAAAGUUCUCUUUGUUCAACAA